GAGCUCAGAUUGCUGGGGCUGUUGUCCGACUUCGACCCGAGCCGCGAAUCAGUGUCUAGCGAGCCGCCGAAUCGAUCGCACCUAAUCCGAGUCGAGCAUCUAUAAUGGGCAGCAGUCUUCGUUUCCGGCCACCCGUCUACCUCCUGGUAGAUGUCGUCCUGCUGGGCUUUCUUCUCGUCGUGGUGGAGAACUUUCGCUUCAUCUUUGGGCCACCCACGAGCCGCGGCUUCUUCUGCAACGACGAGUCCUUGAUGUACCCAUACCAUGAGAACACCGUCAGCCCCACCCUACUCCACUGGCUGGGCCUGUACCUGCCGCUGAUCAGCCUGUUCUUUCUGGAAAGCUUCUUAAGCUACGAAGGGGGCUUUGCCAGCUGGGGUAAGCUCUGGCCAGUGUACAACACGGUCCGCUGGUUCCUCUACGGCUACGUGUUCAGCGACCUGCUAAAGGGCAUUGGUAAGCACACAAUCGGACGACUGAGGCCCCACUUCCUCGCAGUGUGCAGACCUCACUUCGCAGACGGGACCAACUGCUCAGACGCGGCCAAUCGAGGAGUGCUCAACUACCACUCGGACUACAUCUGCCGGCCCGAUCUCCCCCAAACCAGCGAGGACAUGAUCCGGGACCUAACCGUGUCCUUCCCCAGCGGACACUCCACCAUGGCCUUCUACGGCCUGGUCUUCGUGGCGCUGCACCUGCGCCGUCGCCGCUGGCCUCUGCCGGGAUCCCUGCUGGGCCCCGUGCUCCAGCUGGCCUGUGUUGCCGUGGCCUCUUUCGUGGCCCUCAGCCGGGUCAUGGACUACAAGCACCACUGGUCGGAUGUUGCGGCCGGCUCGCUGUUGGGUGUUGGCACCGCCUUUGCGGUUGUCCAGGCUGCCGCACUCAAGGAGCGGGAGAGGGAAUGCCAGGAGGAGCAGGCUGGUGCGAAGCAGGAGGCUGCGGUGUUCGAGGGAGCCGCAGUUAAGGGUGUCCAGCAGAUGCCGCAUGAUUUGUGUCUGGUUACGUGCCAGAGCUCUAAUUAGUCGGGCUGGCGUUUUAGCUCUGGCACUGGUAGAUUAAGGUCGACAAUAAAGUUAGUGACAAGAGAA